UUAACACUAUCAGAGCAGUGCAAUUGUAGUCUGCCGUCAGCGAAAAUAUUGAUAAGAAAGAGAUCUACGUACAAUGUACAAAAGGCGAAAGCCCGGCAAUCGCCAGUAGGUGUACACAAGAACUUCGCGAAAAAAUACAUAAUAAAUAGCGAGUUAAGUGUUGAAAAUUAUCAGUAAUUGGUCAGCUUCAAAGGGAGCUACUAGUGAAGUAAUUUGUGAAUGUGUAUCAAUCAAAGCGUUGCUUACUUAUUUAUAAUCAGAUUUUUUUCUAAAAUCCAGUUUGACACAAAAAUCUUACUUUUAGAAAAGAUAUUCACACACAAUAAAUUUGCAAAAAAAAAAAAAACAACACUACUUUUUAAGCAAUCUCUGGUCGCAGCCAUAAAUCUCUCUGAUCGUGAUUAAGAUUAAAAACAUAUAAAAAGGCGUAUUGCUUUGGCUUGUUGAAAAAAUGAAUGCCCCCGCAACUUUUCAAGGCACGGCUCUGCAAAUGCAAAUGAUGAAUUCAUUUGGAAUGAAUGCCCAGCUACACAAUAUGAAUCCAGAGUUUCGUUUGACACAAACUAUAAGUUCGCCUGGAACCGCUUCGACUAGCAAUGCAAUGAGCAACGGCAGUCCGUUUAUUGCGGGAAAUGUAAAUCCACGGAAUUUGAAUCUACAUGGAAUCGUUGGGCAAAUUACGCCACCACUUAAGGAUCCUAAAAGCAACACUAUUUCUCAAAAUCAUCUUUCACACAAUGACAAGCUACAAGGUGUACAUUCGUAUGGGCAUACGGACGCAUCACAUCUUAUAUCUAAAAAUGUACCAAAUACACCACAAUAUAGCGCAGUGCUAGAGAACGACUUACAAUCACAUGAUGGAAAUUGGAAGAAUGGCGUUCCUUUCAGCACAACACUCAAUGUGAGUUGGCACCUUUCGAUGCAAAAAAAUUUCGCAUGUUUUAACCCAAGCGCACGCACCAUGGGGUCUGAAAAUCGCGGUUCAAAUGCGAUAACUUCUUACAGAGCUUUCAACGAGAUUCCUUUAAACGAAACUACUUCCAAAAAAAUUCCUGAUGUAGAAGUGCGUGAAUCCGGUGCGAUAAAGGAAAGUCUACAUUCAGCAGAGCGACAAGAAAGAAACUCUAUUGAUAUGAUCACAAAAAAGGAAUGUCGCCCAUACGCGAUGCCCUUCAAAAAGAGGUUACGAGUGAUAUAUCAACAAACCGCCGAAGAACAAGUUACUUCAUUAAACGAUACAACACCGCAGAGAACUAAUUUUAUCGAUGCUCUUCAAGACAAUAGCCUUCGUGACGCUCCACUGAAUCUAACAACUUUCAAAACAUUUCAGCAAUCGCUGGCAAAAACUGCAUCAUACGAUGCAACAUCGCAGAUAACCACUUUGCCCAACAAACCUCCCACAGGGGCUUUUAAUGAGUCUCCGUUAAAUUUAACAACUGUCAAACAAUCUCAUCAGCAACAUUUAAGCGCUACUCAUAAGGAAGAAACUGCUUUUUCGCCAAAAGAAGAAGAAUGGAAGUCUUUAUCAGUUCGCGUAGCUCCCAAUAAGGAAAUUCUUGGCAAUGCCACUCCGUGCGGUAAAAGAUCACGAGAUAUAGAUACAUAUGUAGCCACAAAAGAAGAUGCUACUGUAGGUGAUCCCUUCAAGUUCCAUAGGACGCCCUUAAAAGUAACUGCUGAAAGUUCUUCCAAUGCCGUCAAUGAAAACUCUCAAAGUCUAUCAAAUUUUAUACAAUUGCCUAAAAGCAAGCCAGUGCUCAUAGAAGAGCCUGCAAAUUCAACAAAACGCAAUGCGUUGCUCACUGAGGCAGACUUUGCCAAUAGGCAAACUUUUCACGAUGGCCCUUCCUGCAGUAAAAGACAACGCGAUGUCGAUUCGCACAUUAUCACCAAAAGAAAUGCUCUUGCAAGUGAUGUUCUUACAUCCCCCAGAGUUCCGUUGAAAGCAGUUCAUAAAAAUUGUUCCAACGCCAUUAAUGAAAAUCAUGAUUGUCUGUCAAAUUGUACAGAGCCGCCUACAAGGGAGGCAGUUUCCAUAGAAAGCGAUGCGAACAUAACACUGUGCAAACAGUUUGAUGAUAUGGAUAUCGGUCGUAUUGAGACAAUAUUACAAAAUCUAGAAGCUUGGCAUUCUUCUAGUAUGCAUAUUUAUCAAAGCUUAAAGUCCAAUGAAAACCGAUUCCAAAAUCAAGUCGAGGAAAAAAAUCGCUUGGAACGAAGACUGCUCUCAAAAGGUGUAAAGAUAAGCGAAACAGACUUUGAAAAAUUCCUUCUGAAGAAAAUGAAAAAUGUACCGGAUGAUUGGCCUCCUCGUGAAUUGUCCGUCGAUAGUGAUAAAAAAACAAAUCCCAUCAAGGAGGUAUUUUCAAGUCAUUCGAAACGAUUAGAAAAUUCUUUCCCAGGAAAUUUCGCAAGUUUGCCAGAAUCAUUUGUAGCUGAUGAGAACGGUAUGGUGGUUAUUGGACCGAAUGGUACAAAAAUCGCGAAAGAAAAAUUAAUGUCAAUCAAGUGGAAUUCAAAUGCUCCGGCAAUCACGCGAAAAAUUUUGAUGGCAAUAUUUGACCGGAAUACAUUAGCUUCUGCGAACCUCAGUGGCAAACCAUCGCCAGCUUUCAUAGACAUUGGUAAACCAUUGAAAUAUCGAUUGGAUCCGUUGAAGGUGGCGGACGUUACACAUUUUAUGACAAAAUACACUACAAUGACAGUUAGAGAGGUGAGGCUUGCAAUAACAACUAAGUGCGCCGAUGAAAACAAAAUGCUUCGCAUCCAGAAAAAGAAGAACGAUUAAGGACGGUCCGAGAUUUACAUUAAUUAAAGACUACGGAAUUCAAGAAGAAGAAAAAGGAGCCAGUGUUAGUAGAAAUAUAGAAAUGAUAUUUAAUUAAUUUUCGAUUUCUAUUUUUGUAUAAGAAUCCUAUAUAAAAUUUGCGAUGCUUCCCACGCCCGUGCGUAACCCAGCUCUUAAUAUAAGCUAAGAAUAAAAUAUGAAGAUGCUACCAGUGCUCGCAUAAACAACAUUUAGAUUAGAUUUAGAUUGAUAAACUAAAUGAAAGACUAUUAUUAUUUAAAUUUUACUUAAGAG